AUGUUGAUCACUGUUCGUGGUGAACUAGUAGAGAUACCUUCUCUCACAGAUAUAAAGCAAUCGACAAAAGGAAUUGUUCGCGAAGGAUGGGUAAUGAUAAAGGAAGAAAAAAUGAAGUACCUUCCAUGGACGAAGAAAUGGCUUGUUUUAUCGCAUAAUUCGAUUUCCUUAUAUAAAAGCAACAAAUCAGAUACGGCGCAAUUGACAAUUCUUUUAAAGGACAUCGAGAAAGUCGAGCGUUCUAAAUCUCGGACGUUUUGUUUUCGAGUGAAAUUGAAAAUCCGCCAAUCCACAUCAGUUUUACAGGCUCUUGAAAUUUCAGUCUCCCACAAUAUGGAUUGCUAUGAGUGGAUGGAUGCCAUUUCAGCUAGAAGUUUGUCCAACAAAGUUUCAGGACCCAUGGAUCCUAAACAUGAAAUACAUGUAGGAGUUGAUGACCAGGGUAAAUACGUAGGACUUCCAAAAGAAUGGUCUGUCGUGCUCAAAAGCGACUCGAUCUGUACCAAGGAUUUCCUUAAGAAGCCCAAAUCAGCCAUUCAGACAUCCAAUCAUUCCAGCGGAGAAUAUUGCUAUCAAAGAGAUUACAUUGAAUUUGGAAAUCAGGUAAAAUUGAAAGCUUCCAUUAUCAGAUAUAGCCCACCUGUGUUUUCCCCCUCAGCUAUGUCGAAUGAGGCAUCUAUUCACAAUUCUGAUUGUACAACCACAACCUCUUCGUAUGAUGACGAUGAAGAUCAAUUGACAUUAAAUCUUGAGUACAAAAAGAAAAAUAACAAAGAUUCUUCAGAACCUUCUCAAAGCAGUUCUUCCAAUGACUCAAGUGUUAUGGAUCUUUCCUUCAGCGAAAAACUACAGCCCGCUCGUUCCAUCCGUGACAAAAAUGGUGAAACCUCUAAUGUGAAGCUAACAGAGAAACAAGUGAUGGAAGUCCUUAAAAAUUCCAUUACAUCUAAGGAUCCUAGCACUAUUUAUUCUGUAAAGCACAAACUUGGCCAGGGUGCUUCUGGAUCCGUGUAUCUGGCCAAGGUAAAAGCAGGGAAUGAAUUAUACAAUAAUGGACUAGUAGCCAUUAAAAGUAUUGAUUUUCAUUUUCAGAGUCGAAAAGAGCUGCUCUUGAACGAAAUUACUGUAAUGCGCGAAUCGUUUCAUCCAAACAUAGUAAGCUUCCUUGAUGCUUUUCUAAUUAAAGACAGGCAUCUGUGGGUUGUUAUGGAGUACAUGGAUGCUGGUUCCCUAACAGAUAUUAUCCAGCAGCACAAACUUAACGAAGAGCAAGUUGCUCGAAUAUGCCUAGAAACGUGUAAAGGCAUCCAACAUUUGCAUGCACGCAAUGUGAUCCAUAGGGACAUCAAAAGCGAUAAUGUGCUUUUAGAUAAACAAGGAAAAAUAAAAAUAACGGACUUUGGAUUUUGUGCACGGCUCAUGGAUCGCUCACAUAAGCGUGUAACUAUGGUCGGGACGCCGUACUGGAUGGCUCCUGAAAUAAUUAAACAGCAAAAAUAUGGAACAAAGGUCGACAUAUGGAGUCUUGGGAUAAUGAUUAUUGAAAUGCUUGAAAACGAACCUCCCUACCUUCGAGAAGACCCCAUGAAAGCAUUGUACAUGAUCGCAAAAACAGGAACUCCUUCCCUUAAAAAUCCUGAAUUUGUAUCUAAAGAAUUACAUUCUUUUUUAAACUCAUGUUUGAAUACCGACACAAUCUUUAGAGCAACCGCCGCUGAACUAUUAAACCACUCCUUCCUUCAACGAGCAUGUUCACCUAAGAGCUUAAUCCCUUUAAUUUCAACUGACGUUGUCAAACCCCGUAAUCAUUAA